AUGGAUAGUUUUUCCGCGCCAAGAUAUGAAGGCAAAAUCGAAACGUUCGAACCUUGUAUUAUUGAUGUUCAAUCACGAGAUUUAAAUCACAGUGUUGAUCAAUCACAUGUUAUAUCUGACUGUGACCAGGAAAAUCAUGAGAAUGAAAUUUCAAUUCACGAAGAAUCUGAUCAACCUAUUCAAGUUUCUUCAAUCCAAGUACAUAGUCAGCAAAAUGUCACUUUAACUCCUGUCAGAUUACCGGCGCUUCUUGAUGGAGAAUUCUUUUGUGUAGUGAGGAUUGAUGAUAGCAAUGUUACAGUUAGAUGCCUCCAAUGUCAAAAACUGCUCAAUGGUAAUCUUAAAUCUACUGGAAACUUUUUAAGUCAUUUAAAGAGAGUCCACCCGAUGAUGAUUGAAAAGAUAAAAUGCAAAUCAAAUCAAAGAAAACCAGCAAUAGCUUACGUCGAUUUAUCUGCUGAUAAAAGUCCAGAGGUUAUUAAAACUAAAAAAGGAUACCGAAAAUGUUAUAAAUCGGAUGACAAUCAACCAAAUGGUGAAAGUGUACCUGAACAACCUUCAAAUAACUGGUCAGAGCCUCCAUCUGCUAGAAAACGUAGAAUUGAUGAGAAUGAUUCAACAUCAGAGAUAAAUAAAUUUCCUCAAAACAAUUCAUUCGUUAUAGAAGAUGAGUUUGAUGCAAUUGGUAGAAAUGUCGCAGCUAAAUUGAGAAAUAUGCGUUUAGAUCAACGAAUAGUUGCUGAAAAACUUUUAAAUGAUGUACUAUUUGAAGCACAACUUGGAACACUUCACAGAAAUUCAAGUCUUCAAGUUUAGUUUGUCGGAAAAAAUUCGUCGAAAACAUUA